GCGCCACACGGGAGCUCGGCCGUGCGCGGAGCAGCCGAGCCGCCGCCGCCGCUCCCUGCUGCCUCCGGCCGCUUACGCUCCGGGCUCCCCCGCCCGAUCACUGCCCCUCGGCAAACCGACCGCCGGAACCGAGCCCCCCACCGGUGCCCGGGUCCGGUUCGGGAGGUGCCGGGUGCGGCCCCGAAAUCGGGCGAGGGAGCCGGGAUGCUGCUCUCGAAAAUUAAUUCGUUGGCCCAUCUACGUUCCGGGACCGGUGGGGAGCUCCAUACCGCGAAACUACAACCAGGGAAGGAGAAGGAGCCGUUGGAGAAGCUGUACCGGGUGGGCUCGCUGCUGGGGAGCGGCGGCUUCGGUUCGGUUUACUCCGGUAUCCGCCUGGCAGACAGCAUCCCGGUGGCCAUCAAACACGUGGCCCGGGAUCGCAUCUCCGAGUGGGGCGAGCUGCCCAGUGGCACCCGGGUGCCGAUGGAGAUCGUGCUGCUGAACAAGGUGGGCUCCGGGUUCCGCGGCGUCAUCCAGCUCCUCGACUGGUUUGAGCUGCCAGAUUGCUUCGUGUUGGUGCUGGAGCGUCCGGAAGAGUCUCAAGAUCUUUUCGACUUCAUCACGGAGCGAGGUUCUUUGUCGGAGGAGUUGGCCAGGGACCUUUUUCGCCAGGUGCUGGAGGCCGUGCGACAUUGCAACAACUGCGGCGUCCUGCACCGCGACAUCAAGGACGAGAACAUCAUCGUCGACCUCGCCACCCGUGAGCUCAAGCUCAUCGACUUCGGCUCCGGCACCUUGCUCAAGGACACGGUCUACACGGAAUUUGACGGCACACGGGUGUACAGCCCACCCGAGUGGGUUCGGUACCACCGGUACCACGGCCGCUCGGCAACCGUCUGGUCCCUGGGUGUCCUGCUCUAUGACAUGGUCUGUGGGGACGUCCCCUUCGAGCAGGAUGAUGACAUUAUCCGGGGCCAACUCUUCUUCAGACGACGGGUGUCCUUAGAGUGCCAGCAUCUCAUCAGGUGGUGUUUAUCCAUGUGCCCCUCGGACAGGCCAUCUUUGGAAGACAUUUUCAACCAUAAUUGGCUCCAGGGCAUUCACCUGCCUCAGGAGACAGCAGAGAUUCACCUGCACAGUUUGAUCCAGGGGCCGGGCAAGUAGCAGCCCCCACACAUCUAUCUCCUGGCCAGAAGAAGCAAUGAACACCAAACUUCUUCCUUGUGACUCCAGCAGUGAGCAGGGAUCACCAGAUGGGAACACACACCUUGUUCUGGAGCUCAGGACUGGUCUUCAAGGCUUUGGUGGCCACCAUCCA